CGCUGCGCUAUUGAGACCUACCGGUUGCGAUCACCCACAUGCAGCCUGGCCGAGCCACGUUACCACCCAUGUCAAAUAUAUUCCCACCAGCCAUGUUACAUCCUGCUGCUACAGACACAUGUCGAGAAGCAAACAUACAUAGGGCUUUGGGGAAAGAGGUUUAGAGCUGAGUGUGUUGCAGUUUUUCUGGUUUUGGAUUAAGGUCCGCGGUGCGAGAGGCAGUUUAAAACUGGGCUAUUUACAGUCUCCCUUUCUCUGGUUUAGGGGGUGGAAGAAAUUGAGUCCCUCUCUGGGCAUGGGAAGGAUGUGAUGUGUUACACAAUGCAGUUCUUUCUUGGACAAAGGUAUACAACUACUACUGCUAAGGCAGAGUGGUGAGUAUCUGACAAACCGAUACUACUUCUAGAGAGGAGCUCUCCAUCUAUCCAGCAUGUAUAACAAAGUGAUUAUAGGCAGAGAGCUAAAUGGAGUAUGUAAAAAACCGAGGGGUGUUAAUCUGUCUGGAGAGAAGGGGCGAUAGUUUAAAACUAGAUCGGGGAGGGUAGAUUUUUCCGCCGUUGGGAAUCUAGGGGAGGAGAAGUAAAAUAAAAUGGACGUGUUAAAGCCCGGAUUAGGAUUAGGAUAGGUUGGGGACUGCCGUGUUCCCGCCGACGAGGCGUGGAAUUUCAGGUUGUAUUAGGGGGGUUGCUCCUGCGGGGCUGGUGGCAGCUGGUGUAAGGUAUGUUCCGCUCUGUGUGAGAGUGGAGGAGGGUUAUGCGCUAUUAACUUCUUUCCCUCUGGAAACUAGAGGGGAAUUUUCUUUUUCGAAAGCCAGACCUAUCCUGCUGAGAUGCUUGGUGCACAGCCCGUAACUACCUCUGACAAUUGCCUGCGGAGGACUCGGCUUACUCUGGCACCACUCCUCGCAGGGUUUAGCCUGCCGACACGGAACUGCGAUUAGCGAGAGUCACCCUUCCAGUCCGUGCGAGUCCUGCGCUCCGCAUUCAUUGAUUCCCAUGGGACUGAGUCAGGAGCGGCCGAGCCCUGUGCAUAGGCACGGAUGGAUGUGGCUGUAGAUAACCAAGCCAGUCCGGAGGAAACAGGACCAAUUUCGGCUCUGAUGCAAACGGGCGCGCACCUCCGCGUAGCUGGUCCUUUCCAGGCACUGGUAGGGAUGCAGAGUGAAGGGUGGGGUGCGCUGUAGCAGGAGCUGGUGCCUCGCCCGCCAGGCUUCCCUCCCCCAGCUCUGGUAGGCUCUGCCUCCGGGAGCGCGCUGCGCCCUCCCCUUGUGGUUGUCAGGCGAGAGGCGGAGCCGCCUUCAGUCCCUUGUAGCAGGAGCCGGUGUUACUCGCGGUCACUCAGAGCCGCCUUUAUCUUGCUCCACUGCAAGGGGGUGGCACUUGGGAACACCUUAUUUUACCGUACACGCUAUAAAUACACCACCCGGAAUGGGAGCAGGGCUACCGGCUGCAGCGGGACACAGGAACGCACCGACACCCGGACACCAGCAGCAGCCAGACCCCGAGAGCCGGCAGUGAGACUCGCCUCUCCAGGCCAUUUGCCUGCCCCUGCGCGUCGCGGCCAGCAGGCUGAGCGAAGGGGUUUGGAGACACGAGGCCUCGCUCCCAGACGCCCCUGCCAGAGGAUUUAGUGGGGCCGACGGAACCCGCUGUUGUGCCGAGCUGCCUGGCGCUGCCCCCGACCCCCUCUGGCAUCAUGAUGCAGAUUUGCGACUCCUACAGCCAGAAACACACUCUCUUCCAUGCCAUGAACCGCUUCAUCGGCGCCGUCAACAACAUGGACCAGACGGUGAUGGUGCCCAGCCUCUUGCGGGACGUGCCGCUGAUGCUGGAGGAGCUGGACGCAGGGGGCGGCGGGGAGGGGGACCCCCAGCUGUCGCCGGGCGACGCCAGCGCCUUCUUCUCCCGCCGGGACAUGUCCAGCCAUUUCCUGCUGCUCAAGUCCAUCCGCAACGACAUCGAGUGGGGGGUGCUGCAGCAGGGCGCCGCCGAGGAGGCCGGCCGGAAGAAGGACAAGCUGAGCGGGGACAUUAGCCGGGGACUCCCGGAGGCCGGGCAGGAGGAGGAGGAUCUGGAGCAGCAGUUCCACUACCACCUGAGCGGACUCCACACCGUGCUGUCCAAACUCACCCGCAAGGCCAACGUGCUCACCAACAGAUACAAGCAGGAGAUCGGCUUCAGUACUUGGGGGCACUGAGCCAGGGCGGGGCUUGCCGUGGGGUGGGGGGUGGGGGC